CCUCGCUGUUUGCUUCCUGUCGGCCCGGUUGAGCCGUGAAUGAAGAAACUUGAAGAAAAAUGGCAGUGAAUCUGAGUAAGAAUGGGCCUGAGCUCAUGGCCGCUUACAAAGAAGUGGUGGACGGCAAGUCGGACACGAACUGGGUUCUUUUCACGUAUGAAGGGAACAGUAAUGAUAUCCGUCUGGCAGAGAAGGGAGAUGGCGGGUUGGAGGAGAUGGUGGAGGAGCUCAGCAGUGGGAAGGUGAUGUACGCCUUCUGUCGCGUCCAGGACCCAAACUCAGGUCUGCCCAAAUACGUCCUCAUCAACUGGACAGGUGAGGGAGUGAAGGACUCUCGGAAAGGCAUGUGUGCCAACCACGUGAGCUCGAUGGCCAACUUCUUAAAGGGCGCCCACGUGACCGUGAACGCCCGGGCGGAGGACGACGUGGAACCAGCCGCCAUCUUGGAGAAAGUGUCCAAAGCGUCCGGAGCGAGCUUUCACUUCCACAAACAAACACAGGAGUACAGAGACGCUCCCAGAGGACCCGUGGGCUCUGUGUACCAGAAAACCAACGCUGUGGAGGAAAUUCAACAAACCAACAAGGACGACUUCUGGAGCCAAGCUCAGAGAGACGAGGAGGUUCGUCGACGGGAGGAGAUCAAACGAGCCGAGGAGGAGAGACGAGCGGUGGAGAGGGAGAGGAGGGAGAUGGACGAGAGGCAGGCCAAGGAGAGGGAGAGGAGAGCGAAGGAGAGAGCUCAGCAGAUAGAAGAGGAGAGGUGAGUCCAACAACAGCAGCAGCAACACACACCGCAACACCUGCAGGAGUCUCAGCCAAUCAGCUGCCUCUCUGUGUUUUUAAGGAUCCAACAGAGGCAGAGAGAAGAAGAGGAGAGAGAGAGAGAGCAGCAGCGACAGCAGAAAAAUGAAACCAACCAGACGGGAAUCAGCUUCAGUUCAUCAGGCUCCAGGUAUCGGAAAAUCAACGCUGUGGAGGAAAUUCAACAAACCAACAAGGACGACUUCUGGAGCCAAGCUCAGAGAGACGAGGAGGUUCGUCGACGGGAGGAGAUCAAACGAGCCGAGGAGGAGAGACGAGCGGUGGAGAGGGAGAGGAGGGAGAUGGACGAGAGGCAGGCCAAGGAGAGGGAGAGGAGAGCGAAGGAGAGAGCUCAGCAGAUAGAAGAGGAGAGGAUCCAACAGAGGCAGAGAGAAGAAGAGGAGAGAGAGAGAGAGCAGCAGCGACAGAACCAGCAGGAACAUGAAACCAAGAGGACGGGGAUCAAGUCCGCUGCAUCGGUGCAGAAAGCUAACGAGGCCAAGUCACUGAUUUCUCAGAGAUCGUUUAAUCCCAGAGACGUAUUCAAGCAGCGGGAGCAGAGCAUCGAGGCCAGCGACAGGUCGUCUCCGGCCGCCUCCAGACCAGGGAAGCUGCAGAGCCGCUUCCUGUCUCAGAGGUCCUUUGAGGAGCAGCCUCAGCAUCGUCCAGCUCCAGCCGCCUCCGUCUCCCCCCUGUCUCCUGCCUCACCUGUGCAGUCUCACUCACCUGCUGCUGCUGUCCCCCCGACACCACCCGAGACAUCAGGCUCACCUGUUCAAGCUGCAGACUCUGCUUACACAGAAGAGGAGGAAUGGUCAGACGAGUUUGAUGACGAUGGAGACGAAGCUACAGCAGAAGAACCUCCAGCUGAGGAGGAUCUGUAUGAGGCUGAGCAGCCAGCAGGGAUGGAGGAGGAUCUGUACGAGAACGUUUACCAGGACGGCUUCACAGCUGAAGAUAACUACACAGGGUCCAGUGGACAAGACAUCCGGGCCAGAGCUCUGUACGACUACCAGGCUGCGGACGACACUGAGAUCACCUUUGACCCUGAUGACAUCAUAACAGGGAUCGACAUGCUGGAUGAGGGCUGGUGGAGAGGUACCGGACCUGACGGACACUUCGGGAUGUUCCCCGCCAACUACGUCGAGCUGCUCUGACCGUCAUCACUCAGCUCAUGUUCAGAACCUCUGACAGAACCGACAGAAAUGUUUUAGAGAGCUCAGUACUUCUCUCACAUUGACCUGUGUGACAUCACUGGAUCAACACAUUGUUGUAAAAAUCACAUGAAACAUUAAAGUUUAUCGAUAUC